AUGAGGUUCAUCUUCCUGGUUCCUGUCUUGUCAGUCACCUUAGGGCUCGGGCUCGAAACUCCAAGCUCGACAUACCCAGAGCCACCAAGCAAGCGGGUUUCAAUACCCAUCGUAACAGCAUCCGGAAAUGCGUUUUGGCAAGGAAAUACUCGGUUCUACGUCCGCGGCCUGGACUACCAGCCAGGGGGCGCUGCGGCAAUGCAGGACCCUCUCGGGGACCCAAUAGUGUGCCACCGGGAUAUUGCCGAGUUCAAGAAGCUGGCCAUCAACACGAUCAGGGUCUACAUCACGGACAACUCCGUCAAUCAUGACGAGUGCAUGAACGCUCUAGCUGAUGCCGGCAUCUAUGUAAUUCUCGAUGUCAACAACCCUCUGUACUCUAUCAACCGUGCCAAUCCCGGUCCGUCUUACAAUACAAAAUACCUCCAAAGCGUCUUUGCUACCAUUGACGAGUUCGUCAAGUACGACAACACUCUUGCCUUCUUUUCCGGCAAUGAGGUGGUCCACGACCUUGUUGAGAGCACACUGGCGGCUCCCUAUGUCAAGGCUGUCACGCGCGACAUACGUCAGUACAUCAGGAGCAGAGGUUACCGUGCGGUGCCGGUAGGGUAUUCGGCUGCGGAUGUUGCCCAGAACCGUAUGCAGCUUGCCUACUACAUGAACUGUGGCGUCGAUGAUGAACGGACCGACUUUUUUGCUUUUAAUGAUUACUCGUGGUGCAACUCCGAUUUCGUCACGGCUGGCUGGGAUCAAAAAGUCAGGAACCUCACAGGUUAUGGGAUCCCAAUAUUCCUUUCCGAGUACGGGUGUCUGACCAACGGUCGAACGUUUGGUGAAGUCGCGGCCUUGAUGAGCAGCAAGAUGACGAGCGUCUAUUCAGGGGGUCUGUUGUACGAAUACAGCAUGGAAGCGAACGGUUAUGGCAUUGUCAAGAUCCCUACCCCGAAAUCACCCACCGUCCAGGAACUAGAGGGCUUCUCCAGAUAUGCUCAGGCUCUUGUCGUUAACCCGGCGCCUCCGGGAGAUGGCGGCUUCACUUCGACAACGCAUUCCGUUCCUUGCCCGACGAAGGACGCAAACUGGCUGGUUUAUGGCACACACCUCCCGGCCAUGCCUGAACAGGCCAAGCAUAUGAUGGUACACGGAGCCGGCCCUGGGCCCGGUCUGAAAGGUAAAGGUUCUCAGUAUGCUGUCGAUGGCACGAGCACCGGAGUCAAGAGCCCGCGCUCUGCCACCGCCACUGCCACUGUUAGCGCUACUACGUCCAGCGGCCUUGCCAGCCCUGUGAAGGUCGGAAACGUGGAGAAGGCUCCAAUUGUUGUGGGCGCCUUGGUGCUGGGGAUGAGUUUGGGCGGGACUCUUUUGCUUUGA